AUGAGUAGUAAAUGGGUGUCGGCAUUGCACGACCAUUCGGCCGGUAUCAAUAGUGUGCCGGAAUGUGUUGGAUUAAGCGAUCUGCACGGCGAUGGCGAUUACAAGCUGAUCAUUGGCGAUAUGGGCACUGGACGAUACAACAUGAGAUUGAAGGUGUUCAAAGGAUUGACUCUAAUUGGUGAAAGUGUGCUAACGGAUGUGCCUUCUGCUGUGGUGCCGUUCAUCAAUGAGCUGAUUCAACCAACGCUACCUUCAAUAGCAAUUUCCUCAGGGCCAUCGAUUCUGAUCUACAAAAACUUGAAACCAUUCUAUAAGUUCAACAUACCGGCAAUGGAGAUCAACGACAGUGAAAUGGAAGCAUGGCUUCACGUUGAAGCAUCACAAAUUGAUGCCACGCAGUUGUUUGCUGUACUAGCGAAAUUGCGAAAACAGCUAGGUACCGUUGGCUUAACGGCAAGAUCUCAAGCGUUUCUGAUGGCCAAAGAAGACGAGCGUGAACAGUUAAUCGAACGCUAUCGUGGCAAGAAACUGAUCCGUCAAAGUAUCAUAACAUGUAUGUCAACCUUGAAGAAAUCCACAGCGGAUUCAUGCGGAAUCGAUUGCAUAGUGAUCGGCACUGAAGUUGGCAUGAUCUAUUGUGUUGAUUCGCAAGCUUUCACAGUGCUCUCACAAUGUCAGGUACCUGCUGCACCGGUUUUCAUUCAUGCUACAGGUGUGUAUGAUGUGGACUAUCGAAUUUUCGUCAGUACUCGUGAGGCUGAGGUUUUCACUAUCAAACGAGGCGUUGAGUCUCUUCAACGAGCCACCAUCGCACUUAAAUCCGAUAUUAUCGGUAUGAUUCGAGUUGGGAAACAGUUGGUUGUGGCUUGUGAAGAUUCGACCAUAUCGUUUUUCUCGGCGAAAGGACGACGACAAAAUCAACUGAAGAUGAACACACCGAUCCGUUGCAUAGACGUCUUCGUAUACACCCCAAGGCAGUACACUGCGCUGUUAGUAGCGUUGGAUAAUGAGAUUCGAAUUUAUCAAGAGCUUUUUCUGAUGGAUUCGGUGAAGAUUGACACGCCGAUUAAGUGGAUUCGAUAUGGGCCGAUGGGUCGAGAAGAAGGUGCACUAGUAAUUGGAUGUAGAAAUGGCGGUUUGAUUGUGAAAUUAUUUCGUCGAACUGCAAAACUGGAUCAGAAAUGCGGCGAGAUGGGACCUCCAGUAGCGCAAACGAAAAAGUUGAACGUUCCUCGACGUACGAAAAUUUUCGUUGAUCAGACAAUUCGUGAACGAGAACAAGCACAAACCAUGCAUCAAAUUUUCCAAAGGGAUCUCUUCAUGCUUCGACUAUCGGUAACUCGUGCUUACGCGGGUUUAAUGCAGAACGCUUUGGGUACGGUAUCGACGAAGAAGAACGAGGCCGUCGAGAUUUCGGUGGAGAUCAAUGGCUUUGGACCAACCUUCCGAAUGAUCGUUAAGCUAAGAGUUGCAUCGUAA